UCUGUCUAACGUGGUCAACCAAAUUUAAAAUUUUUCGAAAAAAAACUUUUUUUUAAACGCGUUGCCCAGAAGUAGGACUAACGUAUUAAAACUUUGGCUAUAUAUAAAAGUUUCGGUUAUAUUUUUUCGAUAAUGCCGGCAAAAAGUGUCUCGGCCGUGCAACGGUUAUCACAGUCGAUGCGCGCUUAUCAGCGGAAUUAUAGUGGAAGGACCCUUCUGGAGAAGAGCUACGAUGCUUUUGGACUGAGCGUCAAGUCGAGCGAUAGGCUCUCGUGGCCCAAACGGGAAGAGGGCUAUGCGGCUGUCCAACUUCUCCGUCAAAAUCGAAACUGGUCCAACUUUAGACAAUUCGGUACCAAUAAUGUAACCCAAAAUCAAUUAAUUAACCGAAGAGGCUCCACGCCCCGACGCAAUAACAUAUUGGCUGCCAAAAAUGCUUGCAUGAGACGGGGUUCAAUGGAGAAACCAGAAAUAAAUGAAAAACAAGAGCCUAUAGCGGACGUGAGUACCGCGGAAUCGCACGAAGAGGCUCAUAAUGAAGGUCAACGGGAGCUGCGCACUGUGCGGGAUGCUGUCUUUGGUGCUCAAGAAGUCAACGAGGAUGAGCAAGAAAAACAGCGUGAAGCAGAUGCUGAUCUACUAAGACGAAUGACCAAGCACCGACCAGUUUAUCCCGAGUCUUCCCUCUCAAAGAAGGUUAUCGCGCCGUACACCACCUAUAGAACCCACCGCAACAGCUGGGCCGAGUUUCGCCAUCGCAUGAUAUAUGGCGUACUUAGCCCAUUUUGGCGCGGGACACAUCAAAGAUAAAGCCCAAGCGCUGUCGCGGCCGAAUAAUUAUGCCAACAAGUGCAAAACCCAACAAGUGCUCCGGUCGGACGUGAACCCAACGCCAAUCUACCCUUACGAAUAUAGAGCCGCACGCCACAAGCUGCACCCUUAUUCAGGGGAUCUGCAUUCUGAAUCAACAACUUCUUGUUAUCCAAGAAG